GAGAGUGAGAGUGAGGAAGAGAGAAAGAGGGAGGGAGAGAGGGAGCCACACGGUCAAAUUGAGCUUUAUCGCGGUGGGUCACUCAAUAAGAGCCAUUUGGAGCCAGAGGCGACCCGGAGCGCGCAGGAGCCGCCAGACCAUCAGACCAUCAGUCCAGAUCAGAGAGCAGCAGAGAGCACAUUGCUCCACACAGAGAGGAACAACAACACACACUAAAGAAACACUCAGACACGGAAGAGAAGUGAGUGAAAGAGAGGCAGACAAAGUGAGGGACGGACGGCAAGACGAGCAGUUGAAGUUUUACUGUGCGGGGAUAAAAUAAAAAAAGAAAAGGUUCAAAAAAGUGAAACCUGAAGAGGCCGGAAAGUGUUGGAGAAGAUGCCGCGGGUAGUCCCGGACCAGAGGAGCAAGUUUGAGAAUGAGGAGUUUUUCCGCAAGUUGAGCAGGGAGUGUGAGAUUAAAUAUACUGGCUUCAGGGACCGGCCCCAUGAGGAGAGACAAGCUCGCUUCCAGAACGCUUGCAGGGACGGACGGUCAGAAAUAGCCUUUGUAGCUACAGGUACCAACCUCUCUCUCCAGUUCUUUCCAGCCAACCUGCACGGAGAUCAGAGGCAGGUUCCUGCAAGGGAGUAUGUCGACUUUGAGAGAGAGACAGGAAAGGUCUAUUUAAAGGCACCCAUGAUCUUGAACGGGGUGUGUGUGAUGUGGAGAGGCUGGAUCGACCUACAGAGGCUGGAUGGGAUGGGAUACCUGGAGUAUGAUGAAGAGAGGGCGCAGCAGGAGGACGCUUUGGCCCAGGCAGCGUUUGAAGAGGCUCGACGCAGAACCAGAGACUUUGAAGACAGAGACCGAUCACACAGAGAGGAUCUAGAGGACCCUGUGGUUUCUAAAAUCUGGGACUGAUGACACACAGACAGACAGCCAGCAGAAAAGAACAGGUCCAGACGACAGCAGGACCCCAGCCCUGGCUCAAACAUGGCCAACGCUGACGUGGAACACAAGAUGCGCUGAGGAGGAAGAGGAUGAGGAAGUAGUGGAAGGAGGAAGAGAAGAAAACCAGGGGCUGGCUGUCCAUUCACUUUCAAUACAAUCAACUGAAGAAAACAAAAGUCAACUGAAACUGCAGUUGUUGACCAAUUGUUCACUAUUAUUUCCUAACAGGUUUGAUAUCAUCGUUUCCACAUGCCAAACAUUUGUUACAUAUUUUAACGUAGAAGAAAAUAAACUUCCUUAAUUGAUUUAAUUGAAAGUGAACCAAGCCCUAAAAUAGAAGGAUUUACAGAAAUAAGGACACAACAGACCUGGGCAAAAAGUAGUUGAAUAUAUUUAAAUACAGAGUAAGGAACAUGAGCAAUGGAAUUAGCAUUAUAUUGCAUAUGUGACACAUCCAGAGUUGAAGUUUUCAAAGACUUAUAUAUUUUUUGUCCAGGUCUUAAAUGAUUUGAUGGAUAGGGGUAUAGAUUCAAGUACCGAAAGUAUAUUUUCUAAUAAUACAAGAUGUUGAAAAUAGAGGAAGAGGGUCGUAAGGGGGUGUAGAUGCCAUUGAUGAGGGGAGGAGGAGGAAAGACAGAGGCUAGAAGGAGAAGCGAGAAGAGAGAUUUGUCUGGCUCAGGGUCACAGUCGGGGCUUAUUGGUGUCAGGAUUACCAGAAGAGCAUGCAUCAAAGGUGAGGUGUUGACAGUUCGGUGGGGGAAAAACGAAAACCAUCGUGUCUGCAUUGUUCAGUGUUGUUCAACACUUCCCAUUUGUGAACAUGCCCCUGUUAACCCCAACUAUACCUAGCUCACUUCCUGAAACCUGCUGUUUUCUUAGACCAAAGUUCACUUUUGCUGGAAAGGGAGGGAGGGGGGUGGAGGGAGGGAAUGGGAGACGGGGAAACUAGACUCAUUCAAAAAGUGGGUAGAUGGGAGGAGAGAAUUAUGCCAGGUUGUAGGGUUAAGAAGUGUUUACUGUACUAUAAUAUUCAUGAUCUCUGCCCAUGACUAUUGAAUCACAGGUUAUGUAGCAACAACAUCAAGGCAGGACGGUUAACAAAGAAAACUGCUACAAACUCUGCUAUCUUUGGCUCUGGAAGCAAUCAGAAAAUGAUAGGGUUUUUUUGUGGGUGGGAGGGGGUGCGUUGGGUGGGGGUAGGUGGAGUGGGGAUUCAAAUGUCCUUUGUCUUCUGAGGGGUUUUGCACUAUGUGAUACAAUCAGACUUGUUCUCCACAUGGAUUUUCUUUAUAUGCAUGAAACCAAACAGGCCUACCUAUGUUCUCUUUUGUUUUCCUAUAUGCCGCCUAUUUAACGUGAGAGCACUCUCUUUACAGUGCUAUGAUGAGGAAUAACUGGGUGAUUCUAGGCUAUGUUAUUGCAAAGCCAAAUUGAGGUGUGCUCUUGCUGCGGACCCAGACAGUAGCAUGCUCGACAAAGCACAAAAACAUCUUUUUAACCAGGAUGUGUCACCCAAGUAUGACUGUCAGGCAAAACUGAACCUCAACCUUGUGCAUGAAGGUGGUGACCCUCAUUUUGGCCCCUUAUCUUUUUGGUACAUGUCCACAGUCUCCGUCCUUUCCACAGCUGUGCCAUGCAUUCUGGUAGCGUGGCGGCACGUUGGCCGCUCCUCAUUUGCAUAUAGUUAAGAUAUAGGCUACUUUAUGCAAAUCAGGGGCGUCCGACGCGACUCGCUGCAUCUGAAAAUUCCCUGGAAACUUUUAAAUUAAACGUUGAUCCAAAAUAAAGCCAAAUUUAGCAACUGCAUGGCUUAUUUCUAAAAUGUUUUCAGAAACACAUUUCUCAAACACAUUUUCCGUGAUAUACGUGAAGAAAGUUUCCAAACGAGCCGGCAUGUUGGUUCGAUACGAUAAAAUACGCCCCUGUGGACUUAUACCAUUAGAAUUAAGUGCAUUGCUGUUUCAGUGAAAACUAUGUUUUGUGAUUUUUAAUUUUCUAAAAUUCAAAUGGAUGUUCUCAGAAAAGCUCACAACCUCUUCAAACACACCAUACACAUCAGUUGCAUGUGUCUAUUCUACUACAGAAAUAUUGACUCAGAUCAUAGACUGUACAGUCUACGGUACCAAACUAAUGUAGUUGGAAUGCAUCUAUUGAUCGAUCAAUCGCCCAGAUAUCCCUCAUCAUUGAAGGACUGUAAAAGCUUAAAUGCAGUCUAAAUACUAUUCCCUGUCCUUUUACAGCACUUGUGUAAUGAAAUGGUAUGUUUUGUUAUCUUAUCGUUUUGUUUGUGUGAAAGUCAUGAUGUUUACUUUUUAUAUUACUUCUCACCUCCGUAUAUGUAUUAAUUUUUGUUCAUCUUUCAACAUUGUUAUGAACUAGUAGUAGCAGCGGUAGGCUAUUUUAUGUAGUUGAAAACUACAAAAAACGAAAAAUUACAAAAGAUCUCCAGACAUUUUGGGAGUUUUGAGGACUUUUGUUGCUUUAGAUUUUCAUUGUUUCACGUGUUCCUUUUAUGAAUGUUAUUUUUAUUGUUAUUUUUUUUUAAGGAAAUCCACUUCCUGGGUUAAAUACAUUGAAUGUGGAUUGACUCAAGCCCUUUUAUUUUUAUACUGUACAACUAGAAGCUCAUUUCAUUUUCCAGUGUAGUGCACUCAACGGUUUUAUUAUAAUUAUUAUAACCAAGACAAAUCUUUUUGUUUAUUCGUGCUUUUCUUUUUCCUGUCUGACUUAUUAAGAAUUUUGGUGACCUUUACAUGAGCUAAAAAAAAAUAGGUGAUUUUUCUAUCCAUCGAAAAGUGUGUUUAUAACAUUUUACAAUAAGUUUUACAGUGAAGAAACAUUGUUGCUCAAAACAAUAGUUGAAAUUAAAAUAAAAAGCUAAUUGAAAGCUCAAACAGCAUGAUAAACUUGAUGAUACGACCCCAGCCAGACCAGCUACAGAGAGGUUAUAUCAUUUUAAAAGACCUCAAGAUACAAAAGAACUAAAAGGAACGGUUAAAGCUGAAAUGGUAACAAAUGUGUCAAGUUUCCAAAAAACACACCAGGCCAAAUCAUCAAGCUCAGGGUACAACAAAAAACAAUUCAGUAUUUUCAUCCUGACAUUUGAAUACUGCAUGGGAGGACUUCAUUCAGAUAACCUGAGGUUGGGGAAUUAACUUUCUCCUUGGCAGCCUUAGUUAAUGUUUUUCCCACUGAGUUUUGUGAGACUGGGGAGAAAAGACUAAAUGUUCUAACUUUUGUUAGAACGCACUGAUCCUGCAAAGUCAGCUAGCCUUGUGACUCGGUGCUAAAUUAGUUGAAGAAUGUGGAAAACAUACUUUCUGUCUGAGGGCACGUUCGGUGUGAUAAGUGGUGGAUUUGUGUGUCUCGGCUGAGUUUGAUAUCAUUAUGUUGAAGAGUUAUGGUGAAGUGGCAUUAAAGACUUUGAAUGAGGAGGUGAGGCGGGUGGAGGGACAGAGGAAAGCAUUAGAACAUGUGGAACAUGUGGUGAAAGCUGUCCUAGAUUUACAUGUACAGUGGCUGUUAUGUUUCCAUCAAGCAGGGUCUCAGCAAUUCUUCACUUGAAGUGUAAAAGAAGUCAGCAGUACAUACCAGGAAGUCACAGGAUUCCGACAAUGUAGACGGUGGUGCAAUCAGUGGGAACUGACAGAGCGUAUGAACCAGUACAAUGAGAGGUGAGAUGUAUAGGUGGACAGUCAGAGACACCCAGGCUCACUGUAUGUUUUUGGAAAUCUGUAAGUUAUGAAUUAAUCGGUUAUUUCUGUACAGCUAGAUCAAUCUAUGGCCAAUCAACCUGAUACAUCUUAGACAUAACGCCUUUCCUGCUAUCUCUGUAGUUCAACUAUAUCUUUUUGGAUUUAAACAGUGUGCUCAGGUUAAGAAACAUUAGUGAGGGAUUGAUUGUAAAAGACAGAAUUUCUAGGUUGUAGUUAGGAAGUGACCACAGUUUACCACCCUGUCCCCACUACACCCACCCAAUGUAUCAUUAUACCAUUAUUUAGGUGGUUACCCACGUAAACACCUUAGUUGAUACUUCAUCCCGCAAUUUUCUUAAUGCAGGCAUUAAGGCAAAACAUCAACAACAAACAUUUUCUUUCUCUUUUUUUAAUCUAAACUGUUUAUCUCUUUAUUUGUUUAAGUUAUUUAUACUUUGGUUUAAUUUCAAGAUCCAAAGAAGAACUCUGUGAUAUUUAGUGGCUUGUACACACUCCCCAAGUUUCUCCUUCCUGUUUGUGUGGUCUGUCUUUCCCUCUGUUUGGGGUUGAGCUUGUCCUCUCGGAGGAGUCUGAAAUAUGACAUAUUCAAUUCAAAAUGUUGGAUGUUUUUCAUAAUAAACAUGUAUGAAUUCUUG